AUGGCUGGAAAACCGGACUUCAGCCAUCUCAGCCUGCAGGACAAGAAUUGCACAGCCUGGGGCCGUUACAUGGAAUCAAAAGGGGAAAAUCUGGGCGAGGCGCCUGUUGUGCCAACCGGGUGGACGGUACUUCUACGCGCUGUGGUCAGUUGGGAAAUUAUGGAAGUCUUGGGGCGAGUGCCCGAUAUGUCAGGUGCGGUAUGGAAGUGUAGGAUGUCCCCCUUCUCCGAGGCAUCGCACGUCCGCGGCAAGAACCAUUGCAACAGGUUGAAGGAGAAGUUGGGAUGGCGUGAGCCGACCCGCGAGGAAUUUGAGAGGUACUGGCAAAGUUGGCCCCUGCAAAGUGGCCGAAUUUUCAUGUUCCAUCACCUCACGGGUGAGCAGAAAACCGAGGAAGGGUCAGCUCCAGCGGUGGCACCACACCCAUUGCAGCAGAUGCCACCGGCACAGCCGAGUGCGCAGCCUGCGCCAACAGCGUUGCAGCCGCCGCCGCAGCCGCUGCCGCAGACGGCGCAACAGCCUGCGCCUGCGCCGGCCGCCCCGUCGGGCGAUUUACUGGUUGAGCACAAGCCCGGCUUUCGAGCAGCCAUCCAGGCAAUCGAUGGCUGGAAGAAACACGUGGACCGCCCGGGGGCAUCAGAGCCCUCCGCCACCCUGCUGGAUGAAGAGCUGGGGAAACGGACCAACCGCUGGGAUCAUCCCUGCAGCGUCUGUGAUGGCAAGGCGAUGACCCGCGGCACCUUGGACCACCUCAGGUCCAAGGGACAUUGGACUGAGUUAUGGAAGAAGGUGAGCCGCAACAUGCCUACGCCGGAAGAAGGGGCCCGGAUGGACCUCUCCCUCAAGCUGCCUUGGGUCCAAAGUUGGGAGAUCCCAGGAGGUCUCGCGAUCUACAACCAUCUGACCGCAGCAGUGAAAUUGGAACUGAGAUCUGGAGGCAGCUGCAGCAGCACCUCCGGACCAGCAACGCUCGCGGCACCCGCGGCACCGGCGAUGCAGGCGCCAGCGGCAAAGGCACCGGCACCAGCGCCGGUGCAGGCCUUGAUCGUCGAGCACAAGAUGGACUGGUUUGAGGCGGCGAAAGAUUCAAAUAGCUGGUGGCAGCACAUGGAAGGCCCCGGGCAAGCCGUUGAGGAGAAUUUGUCCAGCCAUCGUAGCUGUUUGUGCAAGAUGUGUGAGGCCGAAAUGAAAGAAGGCGCAAAAGCACACCUCACCUCCCAAGACCACCGGCAAGCCCUGAUGAGCAACCUCAAGAGCAUGUGCACCGCGCCCCCGCCACCGGAGGUGGCCACCAAAAUGGAGAGCGUGUAUUGGGUGCAGAGAUUUGGCCCUUUCGUCUUCAACCAUCUGACCGGUGCUCUGCAGCCGGCGCUGCCAGGCCACAUGUCACGAGAGGUUCUUCCAAUGACAAACAACACCCCUCCGGUGGUGCCAAAAGCUCCAGCACCGGUAGCACCGGCAGCGGCGGCUGCACCGCUGCCGGCGGCAAAGGCCAGCCUACUGACCUUCCGCAAUGGUAUUAACUACAGAGAGGCCAUGAACGACCAAGGAAAGUGGAAGAAAUUUAUGGAAGAACCGACCAAAAAUUUGGAUGACAAUAUCUAUAGCAUCAUGGUGAAGUUCAGUGGCAAUUGUAUGGUAUGCGAGGCGAACCUGUUGGGCUACAAUGAGCACUUGUGCUCUGCGAAGCACUUCAAGAACAUGAGGGGCAAGUUCCAAAAUAUUCCAGAUGAGGCAGAAGCCGCCGAUUGGAGAAAGCCUUGGGUUGAACAGAUUGAAACCACCAAUGGCUUGUUCUACCACAACCAUCUGACUGGCCAACAGGGCUUUGAGAAGGACAUCAUGGGUGGAGCCACGCCAGCAGUUCCAGUGGCCCAGCCGUUUCCAGUGGCCCAACCAGGCCCCCACCCCAUCACCGUGGAGACCCAGCUUGCUCCGGCGAUGCCGCUGAUGCCGCGCAGUCCAGACAGCUGCGUGCCACCUGAGCAGACCCAAAUGCGACGGCCAACACGCAGCGAACACUUCCAAUUUGUGUGUCAAAUGCAGCCGCUGGUGGGAGUGCUACAGAAGCAGCUGGACAACAUGGAGGGUGGAGAUGUGUGGGAAGGCAGCGAUCCCACCAUUAGUUGCUCGAUCUGCGGGGGCGAACCUCUUGAUUCCUUCACGGAGCACCUGCAAUCCGUUGAGCACUAUGACAAGCUGCAAGCCAGGUUGAGCGAUUGCAUGGAGAGGAUGGGAUAUCAGACCAACGCCGUUCGCGCUGACUUUGGCUGGAAUCAGCAAGUGGGAGAAGUUGCCGCUCGACUCCGGGGUCUUCAGCCACUUGACCUUAGAGCAACGCUGACGUCUUCGCCCAGCUCGUCACGAAGCGACGUGGCGUGGUACGUGCACAAACGUGUGCCCACGCACAGAUGUGUUGGAACUGGUGCAGCCUGUUUUGGAUCAGCUGGCACGGCCUGCAGCGGAACCUCUGAGUUGGGGUCCCAGUUGGAAAAUCUCCGCGGCUUUGAAGCAGAGGCCACUAUGACCAGGUCCGUGUCCCGCUUCCACCAGGCGCCGUUGUGCCCCAAAGUGGAGCCCAGAGGUUUUCACACCGUGGAUAUGACUUUCACGCAUCCCGGGUUCCAUGCAGAAGAACAAGCUGCGAGUGCCCGGAUGCAACAGAUGAUGUUGCUCGCAGAGAGUGGAAAGCCACCAGGACCUGACCCUCCAGAUGAUGACAAGGACUCACAGGCAGAUCGCGACAGCAAACGUGGUAAGGACAAUCGUGGGAAGAAGCCCCCUCCGGGGAGCCGACGCCCACCGGGAGGAUCCGAGUCAGGCUUCAUAGAAGAGGAGGAUUCUCCCCCGUCACCAGACCUUUACGACGAAGAAUAUGAAGAUGACGCGAUCCCGGUGCCGAUGCGCCCUCCGAUGAAGAAGGCAUUGCACCAGCUGACCGGGAGGAUUGAAUUUCCCUGUCGCAAACGUGCCGAUGCCAUCCGAGACGGUAGCUUGAAACCAAACCAGCUGUGUGAUGAGCAGGAUGCAUUACCGCCACCGGAAGAGCAAGAUGCUCAGCCUGUGCGGGAGCCAGGAACCGUGUGGACGAGCCCAUCAGAGGAGCUGCCCGCCAUCCUCGAGCGCAUCACCCAAUGGGAAAGUGUGGUCAACACCCUGAAGGCAGCCAUUGCGGUUGCGACGUGGGACGACCCACAGGUGCUCUUGCGAGAGAUGGAGGGAUGCCGCCUACCCCUGGCGAACAUCGUCGAGCCGAUGCUGGGUGGUGGCAAUGCUGAAGGGGCAUACGACACGCUCGCGGAAGUCUACAAGAACACGCCCGAUGGGUUUUUGGCCAUGUGCCCCUACCCGCCGGGAGGCGAGGUCGACCUGCUGAUCGUAUCGGACUCAUCUCUUGCUCUGGUACCUGACCCCCAAGCAGGGAAGGCUUCGUGUUUUUCCGGAGGCGAUCUUUUGAAGCCCUGGGGAGACAUCCGUGGGAUUUACACAAAAAUGUUGUGGGGCAAAGGUUUGAAUCACAUGGUGCAGUACAUCCCCGAGGCCAUCGACGACAUCGAGUCCACCAAUCGUGCACAUGGUCGCCCGGAGCAGAAGAACUACCCGAACCUCACCAUCCUCAAGGCCGCGUACCAGCUUGAAAUCGAUUCGAAUGUAUCCUCUCCAAAAGAUCUUCCUCAGCGACCUGAUCCUGAGAAGCUCAUGUUGGAUGCAGAUAUCGAGAUUUUCAACUGGGUGCUUCAAGCUGAGGAGAGCGCCGCAGCCUCUGCCGACCGGGAGGUCGAGUCCUGGUUGCGUGACAUCCCUGAAGAGGACCAGGCAUUGGAACCAAUGCACCAUGACAACGCUGAUUCGGACGAUGAGGCUGUCAAAGUUCAGGCCCUCACCAUGGAUGAUCGAAUUUUGGCAAGGCGAAAGGGCCUUUCAGAGGAGCACGACCAAGAAUGGCAAGAUGCCACCUAUGCGGCUGAGGAUGAAGAUGAGGACUUCAAAGGGUGGGACCUCAUUGAGGAUGACAAACGCCCGCCGGGAGUCGUGGCCAGUGACCCAGUACAUGAAGAGGAAAAGGAGCUGGACCUUGACGACCUCGAGACGGUGGCUUCGGUGGAGAUUGUCGAUGAAGAGGAGUUCCACGACGCUGAGGAGGGGCAGGCAGAGCCGAUGGAUGAUGAUGACGAUGACGACAUGGCCGUGAUCGACAAGGUCUCUUCUAUGCAGGCCUCGAAGUCUGAUGCACGGGGGGACCCGGAGCCCAUGGAUGUUGAUGAUCAGGGCAACAAGAUGGUCCAGAGUACGGCAUCAGCGAAGACCUGGAAGACGGAGAUGGCCCAGAGCUCGUCAUCGGCAAAGACGUGGAAAACUGACAUGGCUCAGAGCACCUCAUCUGCAAAGACAUGGCGAACUGACACCACUGCAGCUGCGUCGGCGGGAGCCACGCCUUCUGACCCGACGUCCAAGCUCAAGCCCAAGAAGAAGGCCAUGCCAAAGAGAUUGAAGGUUGUGGAUGAGGGACAUGGGCCAAGUGCUGAACAGUUUGACACGUCGAAAUUUGCCUCAGCACAGGAUCUGGUUUGGAUUGAGCCGGACAACAUGGCAGGAGUUCCUGUGCGCAAGGUGGACUACGGGAGGAGGCCAUCACCUGAGAUUCGGAGGACUGAUUUGUCAAUGGACUUCAAGGCAUUGGUGAGGCAUCUCCAAGGGGAUUUUGCGCACCUCCGAGAAGAAGAAGUCUUGAUGGUCGUGCGCAACUCUCCGAUGCGUCGCUUCAGAGUCCAGGUGAACGGCUUGUCGUCCGGAAAGCUCAGGUGGACGCCAGUGAGGAUCAGGGCCAUUCAGGGCCAUCGGGCCUUUCUCGUGGAGCAAGGGGGGAUGUCAAGCAUGAUCAAAACGAUGUUCACUUUUGAUGAGAACUUCGACCAGACCAAGAUUGACGACCCAUCGGUCCACCCCGCUUUCUCCGCGAUGCCGGCAGGCUCGCCUGUGUGGCACCAGUUUCCCAGGGUGGUGUAUCACACCUGUGACCAAGCCGCCUUCAAUUCCAUCAUCAAGCACGGCCUGAUCCCUG